AUGGGCAUCUUCAAGGCCGCUUUCGCCGCAACUGGCUGGACCACGCUGGGCGCAACUGCUGGUUACGUUUUCUGGACGCGCAAGACCAACAUUGUCGAUGUGCCGCCGACCGAUUAUCUUUUCAACUCGACCUUCUACGCACGAUACAAUCCGAACAACGCCCCUGUAACGCAGGAUUUGGCGGUGCGCAAAGUGCCAUUGACACAGAUAAAGCCUGAGCUGUUAGAGAAGGAAGGGAAGCUGGUGGAAGCAUUCUGUGCUGGUGUUUGGUCUGGCCUCGGCUACGCCUACCAACGCCGCUUCCUCGAGAAGAAGUACCGAGCAGACCCAAUCACUUCAGACCAUCUUUGGGAUACCAAGGACCUCAAGUCCAGCACCUACGAAGUCGGUACCAAGAUUACAGACCACUUUGAAGUCAUCUCCAAAACUCCCUCGAGCAUAAUCGUGCGGUGCGGCGACUCCCCAAGGUUACAGGAUGUGCGAGCCUCCGAUGGUCUGUUUGAAAUGACGGCAGAGGUCAAGAAGGACGAAGGUGUUGCCGAGUUUGGUUUGAAGAGUAUAUUUUACAAUGGCCUUGCACAGCCAGAUCAAGAGAGCAAAGUGCCCCAGCAAGGUCCGAUGAGCCCCUGGAUACAGUGGCUUCAUCAACAGUAUGACAAAGUCUUGAUGGAGACUGCGAUAUCGAAUGUUUCGAAGUGA